AUGUUGCAUUUUACCCUUUCACUGUGCUUCUUCCUCCUCGCCAUCGCUUUGUGUCAGGAAACAGCCUUCCUGUACCCUCCUCCUUCCGAAGAGUCCAAGUUGUCCUUUUCCGUUGGCGAUUUUCUCAAUGCAACCUGGGUAAACAGCUCGGACAGCCCAGUCCUCGUGCUCUGGUGUUCGCGCCCGAAUGACGGCUAUGCAAGUACGUUCAACAGUGCCGGCACUAGCCUCCAAGCAACAGGCUCUUUGCUAGUUCGCCUUACGAGCUCUUCCGGAGAUGCUAGCAAUCUGUGCCACCUGGAGCUGAGGCCAGAUCGAAACACCAAUGGAACCAAUUCCGUCAAUUUUGCGCUCAAGGCUGCGGCAGAUAACAUGUCUCCUACCAUAUGGGGACUGGGCUCGUCCACCGAAAGCGCAUCGAGCUCCACUCCGACGCCGAGUCAGACCAUCAGCUCGAUAGCGGACUCGACAGCGGGCUCGACAUCGAGUUCGACAGCGGCUAUAACGCCUGGCGCAUCACCCAGUGCAACGGUUGUACCAGGUCAGGCCUCAUCAGGACUCAGUGCAAGUGCCAAGGCUGUAAUUGGCCUGGGCACUGGACUGGCUUUUACCGUUGGCGCUGUAACUGUUGCAAUCUUUCUCCUGGUCAGAAAGAAAGCCAGAGCAAAAUCAAGACUUAUGCUUGGGGCAGAGGAAGUACGCUACGAACAGGCACCCAAGUCGCAGCUGUCAGGGUUCACCACAGCCACUGAAUACCGGCCGAUCACUGAAAUCGAUGGGGCGAGUCCUUCAGAGCUGCCUGGGGCAUCGACCAUGACAGGGUCAAGAAAGCCCUAA